AUGGAUUCCACUACUUCACGCCAAUUCGCGCUCUGCCCUAAACCAGCCAACGGAAGACUAAAUGGCAUUAAAACCAAAGCAACAACGAGUAAAGAGCAAAAAAAAAAAUUUUUGUUAACUGUCGUAGGAGCAGCUCACCACGCCGAGAAAGUAGUAGUAAAGGCAAAAAGAAAGCAAAAGCAGUUCAACAACGUGAAAAAAAAAAGAGAAACCUUAAAAGCAGAAACAAAAACAAGCAAACAUAAACGAGGUGGUUGUUGUUCACGCCAUCAGGUUGUGCUGCGUAAUCUUGCCCUUGGGCGUGAUGAGCUUGACGUGGAUGCCACGCUGCUGCAGCUUGCCGGCAUCGCGCAGCUCCUCGUACUGGGAGCGGAGAAUGUUCGUGAAGCCCCAGUACUUGGACAUGACAACGAUCUGGCGGCCGGGGAACUUCAUCUUGGCGCGGCGGAGAGCCUCCAACGCCUGUGGAAUGUAACCCUCCUUCGUGCGCAUCGACAAGAGAAUCUGGCCAAUGCGAACACGAGCGCAGGUUCCGUAGGCUUA